AUGCUUCAGAUUGUCCCAUGCAUGGUUGAAUUAUCUAGAAUCAUGCGGAAAGUCGGUAUUCGUUUGUAUACUUUACCGUGCACUGUGCGAGAAACGCUCGCUCGUACAAGACUGCUAGAUGAUGAAUUGAGUAGUUGGCUUCGAUCGCUCCCACCCCAUCUUCGGUCAACAGAAUCGUCGGCUAGCAGAUUAUCACUGAAGCCUAAGCGCUCCUCUUACUAUAUCAAGAAGCAAUAUGUUGUGUUAAUGAUACGUUACUAUAAUCUUCGAAUGGUACUUCAUGGCAAAUUCUUCACCCUCCUGGAAAAAAUCGAUCCGGACCUGCAAUGGGAAGUACGCGAUUGUCAAGAGAAGUGCAUUGACUCCGCAGGCCAGGCGAUUGAUCUUAUAUAUGACGCAUUUAACAACGACAGCUUCUUUCAAACUUGGUGGUACAAUUCAACUUAUACGCUAUUUGCAGCGAGCAUUCUACUUACGGCGGUCUUCCACAAAUUUGCAAAAACCAAGCAAUAUCUGCAAUACCUGUUUCAAAAAAUUGACCGUGCCAUUGCCGUCCUCGAGGGCAUGGAAGAAUGUGUUGUCACUCGAAAUGCCACGCUGAUUAUCAAGCGAACGCUUACACGCGCGAAGAAAGUGCCUCAGAUGGUCACAUUUGACACGUACAGCACUGCGUCUCGGCAAAAUACCACUAUCAUGCUCGAGAGUGAUGAAAUGGAGGAUGACGAUAGCAUGCAAAGGUGUGCAAUUCAAGCUGCAGAAUUUGCUCGAAUUCUGGCCUUGAAGUCCCCAGGGCUGCGUAUCCUUGAAAUUGGCGCCGGGAUAGGAGGAACUACCCUUCCUGUUUUACAAGCUCUGAGCAGGUCAGGUGAAAAUCUGUGCUCUCAUUAUCGCUUUACAGAUAUCUCGAUGGGAUUCUUUGGUAAUGCGGAGAAGAAGCUGGAAAAGUGGCAUGGGCUCGUUCAAUACCAGAAGUUGGAUAUCGAAAACGAUCCAGCGCAACAAGGCUUUCAACCGGCAGACUAUGACCUCGUGAUUGCGGCAAAUGUCCUUCACGCCACCACCUAUAUUGACAAGACAGUCAAAAAUGUGAGGCAGCUACUAAAGCCAGGAGGAAAAUUAUUACUGCUUGAGAGUACACAACCGACUGUCCACCGCUCAUUUGUUUUCGGCUCACUCCCGGGCUGGUGGCUAGGAGCGACGCAGCGCUGCAAGGACAGCCCAUUGUUGAGCGAAGAAGAAUGGAACAUUACUCUCCGCAACUCGGGAUUUAGUGGCUUAGAUUCGAUUUUACAUUCGUAUCCGGAUGCAGAAUUUCAAACUGAUAGUUUGAUUAUCUCCACUGCAAGACGCAACGACGCGCAUGCGAUUGAUACGGUCAACCUGGCAUUGGUUUUGACAAGUGCUCAGCUAUCAAAGCAAGAUGAAAGCCCAGGUUAUAGGAUUUCCCAGCACAUUUGUUCCAUGUCGUCAAAAUAUACAAUCCAGAUGUCCUCACUCGGAGAUAGCAGCUUACAUGAUCGAAUGUGCAUCAUGUUGACUGAUUUAGACGAACCGUUGCUAAGCAACCUCAACCACGCGAUCUUUGAAAAUCUGAAGCACAUCUGUAAGAUCGCCCGUGAAGUCAUUUGGAUAACGCGGGGAGCGACUGGUCAAAGCCGUAACCCACUGUCGAGUUUGACGCUAGGGCUGGCUCGAGUACUGAGAAAUGAGAACUCUCAUGUACCGAUCAUCACCGUUGAUCUUGAUGCAGAAUACGAGACACCCUCCCAGGACAUGGCCGGGAAAAUCUGGACCUUCAUGCAACAUUAUCUUUCUGACCGACGAAAAGGCGGUAUGGAAUGGUGUGAGCGCAAUGGGAAAUGGUUCGUUCCUCGUUUGGUUGAGGAUACAGCGACGACGGAAUUCGUUCGUUCCCAUUCGGUGAAUUAUCCACCUGGUGUGGCUCGGCUGGAGCCCUUUUAUCAAGGCGACCGACACCUACGUCUGAGUGAGGGACGUACAGCAGGCUUGCAAGGAAUAUCAUUUACUGAUUUUCCUGAUUUCGAUGAAUCUCUUUCUGCAGAAGAAAUCGAGAUUGAGAUCAAGGCUUCCGGUGUCAAUUUUCGCGAUAUCAUGAUCGCCAUGGGACAGAUGUCAGACGAAAACGUUGCAGAGGUCGCUGGUGUAGUGACAAAGGUUGGGCGAGAUGCACAGCUAGGGUUCGUAGAGGGGGAUAGGGUUUACACAUGGCACGUUCCUCGAUUUGCAAGCCACGUUCGAUGUCCCUCGAUGAAUGUACAACAUAUUCCUGCUGGUAUAUCAUUCGAACAAGCACCAUCAAUACCCAUCAUCUAUUGUACCGCGUAUCACUGUCUUUUUACUAUUGCGCAACUUCGCCCUGGUGACACGAUAUUGAUACACUCCGGUGCUGGGGGAGUCGGCCAGGCAGCCAUUGUUCUUGCGCAGUACCUGGGAGCUACAGUAUUCACGACAGUCGGUUCAGACCAGAAAAAGCAACUGCUAAUCCAGCAGUAUAACCUUCCCGAGCACCAUGUUUUUUCCAGCCGGUCGACUGGAUUCGCUAGCCAGAUCCGUGCACUGACUAAAACUCGAGGCGUGGAUGUUGUUCUUAAUGCUCUUUCGGGCGCCUUCUUGCAGAGUUCUCUCGAUUUAUUGGCUCCACUUGGUCGAUUUGUGGAGAUUGGGAAGAGCGAUAUACUGGCACAUGCUCGCCUGGACAUGAGUACCUUUUCACGCUCCAUAUCCAUCUCCGCCGUAGACCUCGUUUUGGUGAUGCGAGAAAAGCCGCGGUAUAUGGCAGAUAUCUUUGCUCGAGUACACCAGAUGCUAGCCGGACAUCAAAUCAGGCCUGCGUAUCCUAUCAAGUCUUUCCCAAUCUCGGAGUUAGAACAGGUAUUCCGGUCAAUGCAAAAGAGACAGCAUAUUGGCAAACUGGUUGUUAUACAUGGAAGUGAUGAUAAGGUCAAAGUCAUACCCCAGGUGCCUCCCGUGGUCCGGUUGCGACCGGAUGCUACUUACCUCAUAGUUGGUGGGCAAGGUGGCCUGGGACGUUCACUCAGUGUUUUGAUGGCAAAAUGUGGUGCUCGAUACAUUGUGUCUUUGUCUCCCUCAGGUGCCGAGAGACCUCUCACACGGGGUCUUAUUGAGGAGCUGGAGCGAAUGAAGGUUGCCUUUCGCGCGGUCUCGUGUGACAUCAGCGAUCGUCUUCAGCUUCAAACUGUUUUGAUGGACACGAAAAAGGCUCUGCCUCCUAUUCAUGGCGUCAUUCAUGCGGGGCUAACGCUAAAGAACUCCAGCUUCGACAACAUGACACUCGACUCUUUCCAGCAGGUCCUAAAGCCCAAGCUGGGAACAUAUAACCUUCACGAAUGCCUCCAAGACCAGCCCCUAGACUUCUUUAUUAUGCUCUCAUCGUAUGUUGGAUUGCUCGGAAGCACUGGCCAGGCCAAUUACGCAGCACCGUCCACCUUUCAGGAUGCUUUUGCGCGUUGGCGGACCAGCCUCGGUCAGCCCACAUAUUCACUUGAUCUGGGAACGGUUCUAGGCGCCGGCUCCCUUCAUGAGAGACCUGAAGCACUGCCACACUUCGAAAAUAUGCGACUCGGUGGACUUCCACUCUCUGCACUACACGCCCUUCUUGGCUACACCAUGUCCAAUCCUCCUGCGCAUUAUUCCAAUAGCCAGAUUGCCAUCGGCUGGGCGCCUCCGGCGACAUGGUCUCCAACCCAGUACGCUACUCUUGAUCCUCUCGUUUCGCACCUUUGCUUGUCUCCAGCUUAUCCCUCAGACAAAGCGACCAGCAAGGACUUGGCGGUAGACAUGCCACAUGUACAAGCGGCUGAACCUCUUUCCCAAGUUUUGCCCCGCUGUCGAAACCCCAAGGAACGUAGCUCUACCAUUGUUGAGGCACUGAUUGAUCAGAUUGUCGAUAUUCUCGGUGUUGCCGCGGAAGACGUCAACCCGGGCAAUUCAAUCGGAGAACAUGGAGGUGAUUCAUUGGUGGCCAUUGAGUUCCGCAACUGGUUCCGUAAAGAGAUCGGAUAUACCUUCACCACGGACCAGGUGACGAGCCAACUUUCCAUACAGCAGCUGGCCAUUCAAGCGUCUGGCUGA